CGAGUUAUGUCUGGGCGAGGCAAACAAGGCGGCAAGGCUCGUGCCAAGGCUAAGACCCGGUCUUCGCGGGCUGGGCUUCAGUUCCCCGUGGGCCGAGUGCACCGUCUGCUCCGCAAAGGCAAUUACGCUGAGCGGGUCGGGGCUGGCGCUCCGGUGUACUUGGCGGCGGUGCUGGAGUACCUGACGGCCGAGAUCCUGGAGCUGGCGGGUAACGCGGCCCGCGACAACAAGAAGACGCGCAUCAUCCCGCGUCACCUACAGCUGGCUAUCCGCAACGACGAGGAGCUUAACAAGCUGUUGGGUAAAGUCACUAUCGCGCAGGGCGGCGUCCUGCCCAACAUCCAGGCCGUGCUGCUGCCCAAGAAGACCGAGAGCCACCACAAGGCCAAGUAGGGAUCAAGUUUGGAAGCAACAAAAGGCUCUUUUCAGAGCCACUUCUAUCAUCAUAAAAAAGGUGACACGACUUGGUACAUUUUUAAUUUGUUCUGUGAAGUACAGUACUGAUACUCUCUAGUUAGGCUUCAGUCCUAGAAUAUCCUCAUCUUUCCUGUUCAUAUUUCACAGUUGUUAUUUAGAAGUCAACAAAAUUGACAUUUGUGUUAGACUAAUUUCAAAGUCACUGAAGCUACAAGGUUAUUGGCUCACAUCUAUCUAGGUCCAUAUGUGGGAGUUAGGCAAGUGGCAUAAGUGAGUUUUUAUGAAGCCAAAGUAUCUGUUGGAGGGGCCCUGAGGUGGUUUUUUUGUGAAUGAUACACAAACUCAUUUGGGGUGUCAGAAAGAUAGUAAAUCCUGCAUCUUAAAAUUUGCUUUUAAAGAGUUGUUUUAAAACACGAUACGCAGUCGUUACUUAGGCUUAUUUUCAACAAAUAUCACACGCUUGGAUACCAGGCAUUAAGGAUACAAUGUUAACGAGACGCCGCCGGUCCUAAAGAAAGUCUAAUGGGGAGAAACAAAAGUAAAUAAAGAACAAUUUAGCAAGAUAAGUAAGCUCAGAAUAUAAGGGGAGCAUAGAGGAAUAAGAUCUGUGAGAGGUAACACUUGGUCUGAGGAUUAAAGGAAGUCGGGAAAUAGAGGAAAGUGUAGGGAUUCCAGCAGAAAAUGAGCGUCACCAAAUUCAUGGCUUGUGGUGUGUGCAGGCAAAUGAGAAAAAGUUCGAUACUGGCAAAUAAGGCAGAGUGAUCGCAAGAGAGGAAGAGCCAGAGGGAUUUCUAGGCCAGUCCUUUGGUUUCAAUGCUUUAUAUAUACUAAUGACUUCCAAAUCUUAUGUCCAUCCCAGACUUAUCUCAAGUUCAGACAUACACAUACAUCUACUUUCUGAUAGUCUUGUAGAUCUCCGGCGAAUUCAAAAUGUAUAUCCCAGACUGAACAUCAUCACUACUUUCCCAGUGAAUCUUAUCUUAGUACUUGGCAUCACCAUCUACCCAUUAGCAUGAGCCAAAAUGGUCUGGCGUCUUGAGUAUUCAUUUUUGUGAGCCAUUACUAUAGCAAAAAUCCAAGUUCCUUGUAUGGAAUGAUGAAAUUAUGUUGAAAUUCCAGAAAAGCUUAGGUAGAAGGAUAACACUACCGGAGUUCAGCACUUAGUUUAGAGACAUGGAAUAUUUGUAUCCACAUAAUUAGAAAUGUACACAUAACUAGGACUGCUCAUUUCCCCUGAAUAAAUCUUCAAAUAAUGAGGACUGAAAGAUUACUUGGGGAAGCAAUAUACUGACUGCAUAUAUUCAGGGGAGGGUGCCCUACCCAGCCAGCAGAAAGGGCCAUCUCUGUUGUGGGCCCCUCUUGACUUAAUAUCUCAGUUCCCCAAGCUAGAAGGCCCUGUUUACACACUCAAGAAUACCAAUCUGAUUAGAAAUUGGCCUUAGAUGUGCCCGGGGAGGGGGUGGGGGACGACUGCUUCCCAUGAAAUCUUUUUUCCCAUAGGAAGGCUGAUUCCUGGGAGGGGACACUCAAUUAUUUUUUGCUUAAGGUGUUAAUCCAAGUAGAAAGCAUUAGAUCAUUUUAACUUGGUAAAAUAUUAGCAUCACCCUAAAUCCCAUGUGGAAAUCAUAGGUCCUACAUUUCACAAGCCCCCUCAGAAAAGGAAUGGGCAUGAUUACAUCUGACAGUCUAAUCGUAGCAGUAGUGUUUUCUAACUAAAAGAGAAAUUAGGAAUGUAAGAAAGAUCUAACCACUUGUUUUACUACAUUGGGAGACGGAAAUAACACAUACACCUGGUACUUAGAAAAUCACAAUGUAUAAAGUUCACCUGUCUCCCACAAGCAAAGCUAGUAGCAGUAAUUAGCAGGG